AUGGUGAAGUUCAUAUACUCCACUCUCCCGCUGGCUUUCGCGGCCCUCGCGGCGGCACGAGUGUGCCAGAACCUCACGGUGGAGGUCUCAAUCACGGCGAGGAACGGUGUCUUCAACAUCUCGGCCCCCGAGACCAACAUCGACAUCACAAACAUCCUGAUCGGCCUCUCAACACAGGACACCAACUUUACGGCAGAGCACCUCGUAGAUUACGCGAACGUUGGCGGUACCUACCAGCUUGCGUCGACGUACUGCCAUCCGGACUCGGGUCCCAGUCGCGUGCUUCAGAUUCUCACUCACGGCAUCGGGUUUGACCGCAGCUACUGGGACUUCCCAGCCAACGGCUACAACUACAGCUACGUGGGCCCUGCCGUCGAUGACUACGGCUACUCAACCUUCUCCUGGGACCGCCUUGGCAUCGCCGAGUCGACGCGCGGCGACGGCGUUAGCGAGAUCCAGGCCUGGCUUGAGCUUGCUGCGCUUAAGGCGCUGACGGACAAGCUGCGUGCCGGCGAUGUCCCUGGUGUUGAUUGCACGUUCGACAAGAUCGUCCACGUAGGUCACUCGUUCGGGUCGGUGCACUCGUAUGCGCUGGCGGCCGCGUACCCGGACAUCUCAGACGGCGUCGUGCUGACGGGCUUUGCGCCUAACGCAACCUUUUUCCCAGACUUCCUGCUGGGCGGCGCCUUCGUCCGGGCCAGCGACGUCCCCGCGCUGAGCGGGUACGCCGACGGGUACAUGACGUCCUCGUACGAGGGAGCAGUGCACGUGUGCUUCUUCGCGCCAGGGAACUUCGACCCAGCCAUCCUUACGGCGGCGUACGAGAGCGGCAAGCCGGUGACGGUCGGCGAGCUGCUCACGAUCGGCGGCGAGGCGGGGGCGCCCAGUGCCUUCGCGAAGCCUGUUCUCGUCAUAACCGGUGAGAGAGAUCUUCCCUUCUGCGGGGGCGACUGCCUCGCGACUGGGAACCCCGAGCUGCCCUCCAUCCCUGCGGCGACUGCCCAGCUCCUCAAGAAUGCAAGCCCCUUUGAGGCCUAUGUCGUUCCUGACGCGGGCCACGGCCUGACUCUCAGCUACUCCCACGUCGAAGUGACCAGCAAGAUCCAAGACUUCUUCGCCCAGAACGGCCUCGCGAAUUAA